GAAGAUGUUUUUCUUUUGGGGACCAUCAUGGCUUUAGUGCAGGGUGGUUAUGUUAGAAAGAUACCUGCAGGGAAAGAAGUGAAGAUAGCGACCCUGGGAAUGACGAUGCUUAUCCCAAACUUUGUGUGUAUGGCCUUUGCCUACAGUGCUAGCCUGAUGUACAUAGGACUGACAUUUUUUGCCUUUGCUUCAGCCACAGUUGUUCCUUGUCUGACAACACUGAUCUCAGGAUUUGGAGGCACGGAUCAGAAGGGGGUGGUGAUGGGAGUGUUCAGAUCUCUAGGGGCUCUAGCCAGAGCUAUCGGUCCUGUCUUAUCCAGUAUAGGUAUGGUCAUAUGAUCACAAUAUUGGUUAAGCGUAAGUUAAUUGUUUUUCAUCUAAUUAAAGUCUUUGCUAUUAAUCUCGCUGCAUUUCAUUUCUGGAAAUAUGCAUAGCAUUUCUGACAUUUUUUUUAUCAUU